AUGACGGAGAACAUUGCCCAGACCCUCCGCCCAGUUGGCAUGCUCGAGAAAUGGUCAACAGUCCGCCACAACCUCAGCUUCUACAUCAACGUCGCCCUCACCACCCGGUACACCUCCAGCGCCUCCCCACUCUCAAAAGCCACCAUCUACCGCGCCCUCACAACCCUCAUCACCACACAUGCACCCCUCGGCACCACCAUCCUCGGCGAAAACACCCCACACCCCACCUUCGCCCGCCUCGCCCGCAUCAACCUCGACGAGCUCGUGACAAUCACGCACCUGCGCGCCGCCACCACAGACCCCGCCGAGGAGCUCGCAGAAAUAGACGAGAUCCUGUCCUCGCAGCACAACAACAAGUUCCACGAGCUCGGCCGCCUCCCGCCAUGGCGUGUGGUCAUCAUUGCGCCGCGCACGCCUGAUCCUGCGGCGCGCGGGGUCGAUGUGGCGUUCGUGUACCACCAUGCCCUCGGCGAUGGCGCCACGGGCCUCGCGUUCCACCGUGCGCUGCUGCGCGCGCUGAAUACGCCAUGUGAGGCGGCAGAAGAGGAGGUGCCCAGUGUCGUUGUGCCGCCAGAGAUACCGCUGGCGGCGCCGUUGGAGGGAUUGGUGUCGAUGUCGACCUCGGUGUCGAAGCUGUGGUCGCAGAUAUGGUUCCCGAAAACCACGCAUGCGGGGCACUGGAGCGGCGCGGCGAUCCAGAUCCCGCUCAAGACUGUUGUUCGGACGGUGGUGUUCCCGGCGGGAAUUCUGGCGGGGGUUGUGGCAGCUUGUCGCAGGGAGGGGACGACGGUGACAGCGCUGCUGGAGGCGGUGCUGGCAAGGGCGUUUUUCGGCGUGUUGGGCGAGGAGACAGAGAAGCUGUCGACGGCGGCGGCAAUUGAUUUGAGGAGAUUUAUACCGGGCGCGGGCGAUGAGACGAUGGGCGUGAUGGUGUGCUCGGUGUCCGUGGUGCAUGAACGUCGGGCGGCGGCGGAUGUGUGGGGUGUGGCGAGGCGGUGUAGGGCCGUCCUACAGAAGGCGGUAGAAACAGGCACGAAGGAUACCGAUACGGGGUUGCUCAAGUAUUUGAGCGACUAUGAGAAGUAUUUUCUCGGGAAGCUAGGGAUGCGGCGGGAGCACAGCAUUGAGGUGUCAAAUCUGGGAGCGCUCAAGAGCACUCCUGAGGGUGAAUGGGGCAUUAGCAGGGUCAUAUUUAGCCAGAGUGCAAGUGUAAGUGGGUCUGCGGUGGAGUUUAGUGUGGUGAGUGUGGUGGGCGGGGAGAUGUGUGUUUGCGUUUGUGCGCAGGAGGGUAUCAUAGAGGAGGAGGUGCUGGCCGGUGCGGUGAAGGCUUUUGAAGCUGCCUUGGUGGAGUUGGCGGGGUGA